AGUUAGGGAGGAAGGAAUGUGGGGAAGUUUAUCAGCGCGGACUCUUACGUCUUAAGUAUGGCGGCAGAAAAUGAAAGUAGCUAUUUUGUGAGAGAAAUCGAGAAAAAUGAUGGGUGUGUUCUCAAAUUAAAACAAUGCCACAAAGGAGACGUUGGUUGUGUGGUUUGGGAUGCAGCGAUCGUGCUGGCAAAAUAUCUGGAAACGAGAAGCUUUAAGGACCCGGCUACCGGAGGGAACAGAUGGGCUGGCCAACAUGUACUGGAGUUGGGAGCAGGCACUGGAGUUGUUGGGCUGAUGGCUGCAUCAUUAGGAGCUCACGUCACCGUGACAGACUUGGAGGAUUUGCAGACACUCCUGCAAGUAAAUAUCGAAGAAAACAAGGGGGUUAUUAGCUGUGGAUCCAUCACUGCCAAGGUACUUAAAUGGGGUGAAGAUGUUUCGGAUUUCCUCCCACCUCCAGACUAUGUGUUGAUGGCGGAUUGUAUCUAUUAUGAACAGUCUGUUGUGCCAUUGGUGGAAAGCUUGAAGAAACUUUCCGGACCCUCAACUUGCAUCAUUUGCUGCUAUGAGCACAGAACUGUUGGCAUUAACCCAAAAGUCGAAGCACAGUUCUUCGAGUUGCUGCGGAAAGACUUCAACUGGGAGGCAGUUCCUUUAGAACAGCAAGACCCAGAAUUCAGCAGUCCGGACAUCCGAAUACUGAAUAUAAAACGGAAUAUCUGAAUUAUUUUUUAUAACAUUUGCCUUUCCUGAGUGAGGCAUAAGAAUAUUUGUUAAUAAUUUGUCCUUCUGUUUUGAAGAAGUGUGUGAAUUUUUUUUGUGACUUUCAUCCGGUAAUUGUUAAUUCACUAAGUUUUAGUGUCUUUAUGUGUUUUUCUCUUAAAACAAAUUAAUUGUAAGGAACAACAGAUAUCCUCCCUACAAUCAAAUAAACCUUUCUACCUUGUUAAUUGUAUGACAUCAGUGAUUCAGUUAAACCUUUUUUAUCUGAAUUUCUUUUAUACUAUCCUUUUUAAUAAUACUAAAUCCUAAGAGAAACCAUAAGCCUACAUGUGUGUUCUCUUUAUAUUCCUUUCGCUGUGUACUUGUAUUUUGAGUGAGCUUUUUGGCAGUUUACAAGCUGUAUUCUAUCUGCACCGUGUUGUUAAAUCGAGUUGUGGGUGUCCUCAACAAAAGGCCUGGCGCUUGCCCCUUCCUCGUUCAGCCAGCGCCUUAAUCUUAUGCCAAGGCAGUCUAAUGUCCAAUUAGUCCUGUAAGGUUGGGGGGAUUAAAGACUAUUAUUAGUAUUAGUCAUCAGACAGCUUAGAUAAUGUGUUGACAUUAUGCAAGGUUGCUGUGAGUGGAUGUGCUGUAUCUUUUUAUUACGGAUGAUACUUUGAAUCAUCCUCUGAUUUCUGUCUGGGGUUCAUUUCGACCAAGAACACUCUGACAUUUAGCAUUUACAAUACACACUCCGCUCAGGGCUAUUUGAUUGAACCAUUGGUUAUGGAGGCCUCUCAUUUUUUAGUGCCCUUCUAUGAUGUUUUCUAACUGGCCAUGUCUCAGAUUUAUUUGAUUCUAGUAAUAAGGAUUUAUCCUUUUCAACAAUGUAUAAUAAGUAAUAGCAUACAUUCAGAUAAUUGGUGGAUUAUGCCACAAACACUAGGGGGCAUCAAUUGUUCAAAUUGAAUUACUGAAGAUUAUCUCUACACUAAAGAUAAUCUAAUCUUUACUAGUCCACCCCCAAGAUUAUCUAAAGAGCCAGGUAGGCAAAAUGAAAAGAUUAUAUUAUUGUAAAUCUGAGAUAUUACAUCAUAGCACAAGGAAUAUAAAAUAUAGAUACAAUGCAUUGCUAAUACAUCAAAGUUGAGGGAAAGAGGUAGAUAAACACUAGGUUAAAUGCCUGUAAUUUCAGAGCUGAAACUGCACUGGCUGCCUGUCAGACACCCUGAACGGCACCGCCCACCAUGCAAGAGGAAUGCCUUUUAAAAGCCCCAGAUUAGCUGGAAGAUUAUGGCCCUUAUUUCAGGCAUAAACCAUGCAGCACGCCCCGUACGUCCACAGGCAUGCAGUGGCCCCACUACCUUUCAUCCCACCUCCCCCCUGUUUACAUAGUGGGGGCUGUAUGCAUUGGGAACGGCGGCCUUCAACUCUUGAGUUCACCAGGAUAAUAAGUAAAAUGUUCUAGGCCGUAGGCCCACUAAUAACAAGUAGCGUUUGUUCCAAGGCUGAGACUAGUGAGGUAAUUGUAAGGAGGUGGAUAAGAGCAAGGAUAAACUGCUGGCCAAGAAUCUGUUCAGAAUGUAACCGGACUAUCUGCGAUGGCACAGGACCUUGCAUUCAUUUAGUGACUGGAUUUUGUACUUGUGAAAGUGAUCUGCAUUUCUCCACAGUAUUUAUUUUCUGAAUUCAAAUAAGUUGAUUGUAGAUUGAUACAUAGGUUAAGCUUUGGAUAUAUAUAUAUCCCUGGAAAUGGAUGGUAAAUUAUGUCUACAGACAUAGCUUAAACGUGAGUGCUAUGUUUCUGAGAAAUGACGGUUUAACACUGGAGUCCUUUAGGCUUUUGUGUAUUAUUCUGCUCCCAGAAAUUACUGUAAGCGCAGCUGUAGCAGUUGAACAGUGAAAUAAUGGCUAGUCAGGGAUGUGCUAUGCAUAGCCUUCUGCUUUGAGUUCAUUUUCCCACCCCUGCACUGACACUUUGACUUGGCCCAUCUGGCCCAUGGGAUAUUUAGAAAACCAAUCCCCAUAGUCUCUUCUUUGACCUUGGUCAGAGUACAUGAGGGCUAAUUCCUUUUCUUUGAGUUGGUACCGAAUUCUGGCUCCCCAGUAACUGUUGAAACCUUGCAGCUUAAGCAUCCCCUUUUGAAAUUGAAUGGAAUUUCAAGUGUGGUGGUAUGGAAGAUCCUCACACUGAACGAGUACAGCAAAGCCAUAAUGUGGUCAUUGCCCACCAACAGAUGGUGCUAAAAAUGGCAAUGACUCACCUGUGUAAUGAGAGAGCAAUAAGAGAGUUAACGACUAUCAAAGGUACUCAUUAAAGUUCACAGGUUGACAAUUCUGUCCAUUAUGACAGCGCAGAGGUACAUCUCUGCUCUGUUAUAUUUGAGGCAUCCCUGUUAACGGCAUUAAACCUAAUAAAACACCAUCACCAUCUGCCAUUUAAGUAUUUUCUCAUAGUUU